GAAAGAAAAGGGAGGUGGAGAAAAGGGAAGCUCCACCACCUCCCUAGGGCCAAGAAGGAAGAAAAAGAAAAGAGUAGCAGGAAGUAAACUACACGCGACUCCGUGAGCCUUCCAUAAUGCUUAUCAUCGUCAUCACAAUCACAUUCGGAAUCUCUCAUAUUCGCCUAGUGUCUUUUCAAUUCUCGAAAGUUGAGAAUAUAAGAAACGCAGCCGUUCGACAGCAGCCACCAUUUUGAGGACCUCUCUCUCUCUCCCUUUAUUUUAUCGGCUUUCGCUUAUUGUUUCAUUGCCACUGCUUGCUUUCCAAUUCUUUGUAUGCUUGUGGGGCCUUAGAAGACGUGUAGCUCUGCUUUCCAUGGCUUGCCUGAGCGAUGAGAGCUGGGUUUCUCUUCCCAAAAUGCUCUCAGAGCGGCUCUCUCUUAGAGGACCAGGAUGAGCAGGAAAGGAAGAGAUUUAUUGAUUCCAAGAUUGCCCAGCACCGGUUAGAGAAGUUUUUUCCGGUUUAUGCAUUGGGGAUUUCAAUGCCUGACACGGACUCUUUUGUGUCGGUUUUCAAUUCGGAUGACCCGCUUGCCGACCCUAUUUGGGACGCUGUGAAAGAAGAGGCCAAGUUUGAGGGAGGCAUAUGCGGCAGGGAGGCUCCGCAUAUGCCAAAAGCAUCAUGUUUCAAAGGUUGAAAUGAAUAAUGUCAGCAAUCCUAUGCAUAAUUGGUUUAGAAAAUUUUACAAUAACUUCAGAAGAUGAAAUGUACUUCACGAGAUUGCUAUUUAUGACUGCAUAAUGUAUACUGUUGGUGGUUAGAAAACCUGUAAAGUAUCUUGUAUAACUGGAACUAUUUGUGGUUAGAAAACUCGUGAAGUAGCUUGUAUUUUGAUGUAGUUUGUGGUUAAAAAACUUGUCAAGUAGCUUGUAUUUUGGUGCAGUUUGUGGUUAAAAAACUUGUCAAGUAGCUUGUAUUUUGGUGCAGUUUGUGGUUAGAAAACUUGUGAAGUAUCUUGUAUAACUAGAAGUGUUUGUGGGCUGUUUAUUAAACUUGUAUUUUGGAGCUAUUCGUGGAAAGGAAAAUCUGAAUGGAAGUUGUAUUUUGGAGUUUUUAUUAAGGUUGAAUAAUAGUUUUUGUUAUUCACUA